GUGUCACAUAAUAUCACAUUUUGUAUAAGUAGGUCCGGUGCGUUUCAUCAAAUCUAGGUGGUAUACAAUUUUGUGGACAUGGUACAUAUACAAGCAAGUAGAGACUUUAAGGAAAAGCGGUUUUCUAGCAGAAAAACCGAAAUGUAUUACUUCAACACAACUGAAAAACGCAAUGAGCAUGUCCAGCGUGAACCGGUCCUAAUGUGGUUAUCUUCGUAGUGGGAAAAGUCAAAUGUAACUGUUUCGGGACAAACAUAGGUUUUUUGUGCUGUACGGCCACACUGACAAAGACAACAUUGUUGACCAAGGAGUAUUUGUUUUAAAAUAGGCAAAUACUUAAAAAGUUUGGAUCUCAAUUAAACGGAUAAAAUGGGUAACUGCUUAAAAGUGGGAACAUCAGAUGACAUUUCGCUAUUGCGAGGCAGUGAUAGUACGACUGGGCAAGAAAGCGGGUCGCAACCAAUAUACCAUGACGAACAAUUUCAGCAAAGGCUUUAUCCCACGACUUCAGCUUCCGAUAUUCGCCCACCAUUAUCUGCCAAUCGUCAACUUUCUGAUGAGAACCAAGUUAAGAUUGCCAAGCGUAUUGGAUUGAUGCAACAUUUGCCUAUAGGAACAUAUGAUGGAAACUCGAAGAAAGCACGAGAGUGUGUGAUUUGCAUGGCUGAGUUUUGCGUCGACGAAGCUGUGCGCUAUCUACCUUGUAUGCAUAUUUAUCACGUCAACUGUAUAGACGAUUGGCUAUUGAGAAGUCUUACGUGUCCCAGUUGCUUAGAGCCCGUGGAUGCUGCCUUGUUGACAAGUUAUGAAUCGACAUAGCGUUUGAGAACCUACAUUUAAAAAAUUUAUGUAUCACACAAAAUAUGUUACUGAGUGGUUCUUCGGUUUCAAAGUUUUUUUUAUUUUUAAAGCGUAUUAUUAUAUUUAAUUUAUUUUAUCACCAUGCAUAACUUGAGAAACUAAAGAAAGGAUUCGUGUAUAUAUAGAAACAUUUAGAUUUUUCCAGUUAAUAAUCAUUUAAUUAAUAUUAACAAAUAAGUCAUUGAAUAAACGUGUAACAGGUCGUAGCUCUUUCGACCUUCGACUCCAUAAA